UGCAUUCGCGUUCAACUCAAACAUACAGCACAUGAACACACUAUGCUCGUCUGAACACAGCUGCAUCGCCACCUCUCGCCGUCGGCCGCCUAUCUCGCCGCCGUUGAGCUCCCAGCGAUGAAGCAGAUGACGUGGCCGUGCAAUUCCGACGGCCACCACCACUUCGCAUCGCUUCCCUUUUUCAGGAAACCCCAGGAAUCCCCAAUUCUGGCCAAACCCUCCAAAUCGCACCUCUCCUUCUUCAAUUCGGCCCCGAAAUCGGCGCCAAAUCCGCCGCAGGGGUCGGAUUUCUCGGCGCUUCCGUACGAUGUGCUGGCGAGGAUCGCGGCGUCGUUCUCGCUGCCGAGCCUGAAGACGGCGUCGCUAGUGUGCAGGGCGUGGAGGGACGCGCUGAAGCCGUUGCGCGAGGCGAUGGUGUUCCUCAAGUGGGGGAAGCGGUUCAAGCACGGGAGGGGAGGGGUGAAGGCCAAUUCGAGGAAGGCGCUCGAUUCCUUCCUCAAAGGGGCCGCACGUGGCUCCACGCUCGCGAUGGUGGAUGCCGGAUUGAUCUAUUGGGAGAUGGGGAAGAAGGAGGAAGGGAUUGCUUGGUAUCGUUUGGCGGCGGAGCUCGGUGAUCCUACUGGACAGUGUAAUUUGGCCAUUUGUUAUUUUCAAGCUUAUCCUUCAAAGACCAUGGAGGCAAUUGGAUGGUUAUACCAGGCUUCCUUUGCUGGCCAUGUUCGUGCCCAGUACCAACUUGCACUUUGUUUGCACCAAGGUCGAGGAGUAGGACGGAGCCUCCCAGAAGCGGCUCGUUGGUACCUAAGAGCAGCGGAAGGGGGAUACGUGCGUGCAAUGUACAAUACAUCUCUUUGCUACUUGAUGGGCGAAGGUUUGGUGCAGUCCCACCGAUUGGCUAGAAAAUGGAUGAAGAGAGCUGCUGAUCAUGGCCACAGCAAAGCUCAGUUCGAGCACGGACUGGGUCUCUUUUCAGAAGGAGAUAUGAUGAAGGCUGUGGUGUACUUGGAGCUGGCCACCCGAGCCGGGGAGAGAGCUGCUGCUCAUGUGAAGAAUGUGAUUCUCCAGCAACUUUCAGCAUCCUCUCGUGAUAGGGCGAUGCUCCUUGCAGAUACCUGGCGUGAUCUACCUGCCCACCCCUCUUGAUGUCCUUGCUCGUUAUAAUGCAGCAACAUAACCUAUGGUUUCCUCAUCUCGGAUCGGUAUAUAUCUGGCCCUUUGUAUAAAUGCUGAUCUAUGUAUGAAUAUAUGCAUCCGAUCAGCGAUAAGAUGUAUGUUUGUAACUAUUUUUUAUGAUGUGCUGACUGUAAGUAGUAUCUUUUAAAUUCGAAUCACACGGGUUGUAGAA